AUAUUUGUUACUAACAAUUUCCUCAGAGGUGUAUUCUUCAGAACCAACAGCACUGCUAUCAUGAGUUUUGAUCCAAAUGAGGGUGCAAAGUAUAAACUGGAUGAUGCAGAGCCUGAUUCAGAUGUGGAUGAUAAGCUGAUGGAAGUUGGAAGUGAUAUCUGUAUGUCUGAUGGGGGAGAUAUGAUAAAUUUAUACGACGAAAAACACUUUUUGUCGCACUCGAAUGUGGGGGAACCGUAUACUGGGAUGGAGUUUGAAUCUGAGGAGGCUGCCAUGGCAUACUACGAUGCAUAUGCCAAGCGUGUUGGCUUCAUUGUUCGCAUAGGCAACUGCCACCGUUCCAGCCAGAAUGGCUCAGUUAUCAGCAGGAGGUUCGUCUGCAACAAAGAGGGUUUUCGUGUGAGUAAUAACAAGGUGAAGAGGGUGGAAGUGAGGAAGCCGAGGGCAGUGAUGAGGGAAGGUUGUAAGGCGAUGAUCAUGAUUAGGAAGGAGAGUUCCGGAGCAUGGAUUAUUGUGAAGCUUGAGACGCAGCACAGUCAUCCAUUGGGGGUGUCUCUGGGGAAGGCUCGUCGUAGCCCUGUCCGAGCACAAUCGCAGGACGAUAAGGACAAGAGAAUCCGUGAGCUGUCAUCUGAGCUUCACCGUACCAAGCAGAAACUCGCGGAAUGCCAGAAACAGCUUGAGGCCGUCUUGAAUGAUGUGGAGCAUCAUGUGGAUCACCUAACCAGAAGCAUCCAGCAUCUUGUUCAAAACGUUCAAGAAGUUGAGAAAUAAGAACAAACAUCCACGAUGAAGCUAUAAACCUCGUUGGCUUGUUCCAUUUAUUCUUUGAAGUUAUACUAAGAUAGUAGUAACUAGCAUGUACAUAUGCAGAGAACAAAUCUACGAGUUUUUUUAUAUACUAGUAGAAAAAUGUAGAUCUCUUUCUUGUGUUGAGUCACUGCUAAACGAUUAGAUUCAACACACAUGGAAAUGCUAUAUGCACAUUGAAUUCUUCA